AUGGACGAUAGUGGUGUCCGCCAGGGUUCAGUACUGGGACCCAUUUUGUUCCUUAUCUACGUGGACGAUGUCGCAAGAGUUUUAGACUGCGAAGUAGAAAUGUUUGCCGAUGGCAUGAAGAUACAGAGUGUCAUUCGGGGUCCUGCCGGCGAAGAUAGACUGCAGAUGAACCUGAAUCAGUUGGAGGAGUGGUCAAACCGUUGGCUCCUGCGGUUCAACGCUGCCAAAUGUAGCAUACUUUGCCUAGGCAACACAGCCAGAUCCGCAAGCACAAAAGACUACUUUCUGAGCGGUGCAGCCCUACAAGAGGUCGAAGCACAAAAGGACCUUGGUGUGCUGACGACGAGUUCCCUAAAACCAUCCGCCCACUGUUCGAGGGUGGCAAAAAGCGCAAUGUCCGUACAGUACGCUAGCAAGCGUACGUUUAUGGACUUUGACGAAAAUGCUUUCUCAAAGACAUUCGGAACAUUCGUCCGGCCGCAUUUAGAGUACGGCAUACAAGCUUGGAGGCCGUGGGCUGUUGAGGAUCAAAACUGCUUUGAAAGGGUCCAGAGGAGAGCCACGAAGAUGGUUAGGGAUCAAAGCUCCUUUCCUUAUGCAACCCGCCUAGUAAAUCUGAACCUCUUUCCUUUGAGUUACAGGCAACUUCGCGGAGAUCUCUUGCAAGCCUUCCGCAUUGUUAAGGGGUUGGAUUGCAGCCUGGCCUUCGAGGACUUUUUUGAAUUUGCUACCACGACGAACUUCCGAGGUCACCCGUUAAAACUGCGCACUCAGCAGGCACGGCUGGAUGUGCAGAAGUUCCCCUUCUCUGUUCGAGUAGUCAAACCAUGGGAUUCCCUUCCCGCAGAUGUUGCGAUGUCACCAUCUAUACAAAGUUUUAAAAAGAAUCUUGGCAUAUUUAUGUUCCAAAAUGACCAAGAGCGAUGAGAAGUAGAGCUCACCCACUGUAACUCGUUCUCUUUUUGACCUACCAUUAUGGCCGUGUUUUAAAUAUUUUAGCCCAGAACAUUCAUCUGUAUACCACACAUUUUUUACAUUGCAAAUAGGGUACUCAGAGGCUUAUGCCUAUUUCCCUCAAUAAACUAAACUGAGAAAGAAAAGGGCACUGUACCUAUCCUGAGCCCGCGUCCACGUGAAGCUCCUAAAUCCAUUUUAAAAAACUCGUUCGGUUUUGGGAUGUGCUACGGUCAGAAACAGAAGAAAAGCACAGCUAAAAGGUAGAUGUCUAGAGGAAAAUAAGUGUACGGUAAUCUUGACAAGAUUAUGAAAUAUGCGCAUUUGUUUUUACUAGGCUGAUAUUUGGGCGGAGGGGCCGAAACAGAGCGAAACCGUUGCACAACGCUCUUGUUAGUCGCUACUUUCUGACCGCACAAGGCGUCGCUGCUGUGUCACCACAGGUUCUUCCAGAGAGGUCCUAUUAAAUAUUUUGUGUAUUUUAAAGUACUGCGUCAUAUUCUGGUAUUACUACGUCCCGAGCACAUUUUCCUUCCGUGAGGCCGAAUUUUAUCUCAAUUUGCUUUUGUCUAUGAAAAUUACUCAUGCACAUUAUGCCUUAUUGAGCAACAAUGAUAUAUUAUGCAUGUGCAUGCAUGUUCUGCUUGUCAAAAGUGGACCCACUGGUGGAUCGAGCUGAAUCAGUGUGCGCUAUGCCUCAACUUAAGUUGAAACAUAAUUUAAUUAAGUUAGCCAAAACUCAAAAAGACAAGAAAAUUCACCUACUCCGAUCGGAUGGCCUCGCAUAUGUGAACAAUACGACUCCAACUUGUCCCUUUAUGUUGUCGAUGAGAUAUGAGAUUUCGCACUCCAGGGAUUCAUAAGAACGAGCCAGAGCAGUGUUUCGUUAAGGGUAAUGACAAGCAUGUUGUUCUCAUUUGAGAUCAGGCAAUUCAGCUAGUUGAGAGAAGCAUGGUGUUGUGCGGCUUUCAGAAAUCAUCAGCGGCGCGCCGUCAAUGAGUCAUUACAUUAUUAUUUUGGAAUUUAGCUUCUGGCAGGCUAGAAAACACUAACAUUAAUUUCAUUUGAAUCACCCCCUAGCGCAGACUAUUAAAAAAUCAUUAUAAUUCAACAAAGAACAUCUGGUUCUUGAAUUCAACUACUACAAUUUGGGUUUUAUUUUUGAAACACAGACAAAUUCUUAAAACCCAUCUUGAGGCUUCAAAACUGUAAGGUCCGGACGAUUUACAAACAGUGACCACGAGUGAUCUCGCACCUGAGUCUGCUGUUGAUCACCUAUUGUUUUAUAUCGUUCAAACUCUUCUAUAGCAGUCGUUCUAAAUUUGCUGAAACAUGUGGCCAUCUACUGCCUUGAUUUGCCUGCCUUCCACAACUCUAGCACCUAGAUAGCCUCAUCGCUGCUAGACUGCGUAAUUUUCAUGGAAUAAUUGUUACAUGUGCAGGAAAAGGCACUGAUCGCAUAGCUGCAACAGGUCCUAGAACCGGCCCAGUUAAACCGUGCGAGUGAGACCUAUCCCCUCGUUUCCUAAUGUGGGAUGUCGCUAUGCUUUUAGAAUUCGCUGGCCGAUUGAUACGAACAACUCACAGUCCAUUUAUGUGCAGGGAAACUUUCUGGUAUCUUUGGUGUUACAUGAUGUCUAUAUUCCUCUUCUGUUAUUGAUAGUGUCAGCCUUUUGCGUUUCGAUAACAAUUCCCCAGUUAUUUACAAACCUAUAUCGCGUUUUUCGCCUUAUGUUUCAAUGGAGUCUAGCGUGAACACGUAGGGGCAUACCUAUAAUUGCUUUUUUGAGGGUGGCUUCCGUUCGUUUACCUAGUUGUUGCUUGAAGUGUUUUACUACCAGUCCGGGAAUUCUUACAGAAGUCGAAAUUUGCUCUGGGUAGACCAAAUUCAAUGUGUUUUGGAACAGGUUAAUUGAAGUUGCACACUCUGCACAGUAACUUGACUUUUUGUUACCGACCUAGGAGUCAUGCGGACUGAUUUAGGGAUAAACUCAGGGCACAGUUUUUGGCCUAUGUCAUUGUACUGCCUUUAAACUUGAUAAAUCCUUGUUGCUUCGCGACUCCUUCUUGAUACAUGUGUCAUUUCACAGAACUCAGUAGAUGCCCUGCAUCGAAAAUUCUCUUUAGCGGGCGUUUGACUUCGUUGAUACUUUCUCGACUUCCUGUUAUAAUGUGGGCAAGCGGUUUACUGUCCAACUUAGUCAACUCUUGCUUUCGCUAAAAUAUAAAUAUAAUGCCCGUCCACAGCCGCAAGUUUUCAUUUUCACCCCAGCAUUUCGACAAGUUAAACACUCCAUUGCGGCAUCUGCUUUACUGUUCGCGUUUCGUAGAGAAGACUGGUGACAUUAAUUAGUUCGGUACUCGGGAAUAAUCUGUUUAAAACCGUGCUAUAGUUCAUUAGGGCAGUUGUAGUUCCGCCCGCAUUUUCAAAAGCAAAAACUGUCCUCUUUUACUACAUGCCUUUCCGAGGAUAUAGAACAACCAUUUAACCGCUGAGCGCCUUCUUUUUUCGAGCACAUUGCUUGAAGUCCCUGCGCUUGCGUAGGAUUCUUUUAAGGCCGCGCCUCGGAAUCCUAAGUUGGCUGGGCAUCAUUUUUAAAACAAAUUCAAUGAGAUACUGGGCGUAAAAGACCUGUCCUGGGUUUUUGUGCUAUUAAUUCCGGCUUCAAUAAGAAUGGUUUCAUAUUAAUUUGCUAUAUGUCCCACUUGUGUCGAGAUUAAGCACCACGCUUCUUACUCUUAUCGCGUUAGCCGUUGAAAGUGAAGAGAUGAAGGUUGACUGCAUAUCUGCACGUUCUUUUUAACUAGAAUAGUUUUUGGCGAAAUGCGGCAGGAAGUUACAUUUUUAUGGUCUAAAUAAUUCAUAAUACAAUUUUCACACCGUCUUCUGGCAACGGUGAAUGUGGACUUUCUAUUUAGGGUAGAUCAUGUCGUAAUUUGCUGAAGAAACACAUCCGUUCCCUGCAUACUUACUACCUACUUACUUACACAGGCAUUCUACGUGGUACGAUCCGCAGCGGGACUGUGUAAUUGGGGCUAGUGGAUUUUGUCUUAAAUUACGAAAGCCUUCACCAUUUUGCGUGUGGGGAGGUUUACAGGUAGGCUAAGUUUCGCAACGAGUAUGUACCGGGCUAGGUAAGGGGACGAAAAAACGAGUUGUACAUAAUAGGGCAAAAUUUCUGCUGUAAUCACAAAAUACAACCGCAAUGCUUGGUAGUCGCACUGUCUGUGUUCCCGAAGUAGGCGAGACUGCUACUGCUUUCUUGGUAACCAGCUUGUGUGUGUGUGUGUGCAGUGUCGCAACGAGUAUGUACUGAAGAGUGAGUUGUGCAUAUGAGGGCGAAAUCUCCACUGUAAUUUGAAAAAACCACAAUGCUGGGUGGUCGAACUGUCCAUGUCCUCACAGUAGGCGAUUUCUUCGAUCACCUGACCAAGCUUUAGCCGUCAGCUAAGGAUUGGGUAUGUAGAUGUUUCUGUUUACACACUUAAAGCAGUAAGAAGAUUUCGAUGGUAACCUGAGGCAUUUUGAAAACAAGAACUCGUUGCGCCUACUCCUUCUUCCUGUUUCACUGAUAGAGCUGCCGCCACGGUGAAGUUCAGUGUGCAGUAAAUGUGCUAUUUUGUAGAAUGUUAAUCAAGAUUCUGAAAUGCGGUUUCGACUCGAAAUGAUUACUUAAGUAGCGUUGUAGUGCUAAUUAUCGUGCAGCAUAGUCCUAAGAUAUUUCAGUUACAUCAGAAUGCCGGCCUUUGGGCUAAAUUCUUUCCAGCCGCCUGCAAAAACUACAUUCUGCGGAAAUGACUACUUACGUGCUAUAAAUUUUUCUCAAUGACUUUGGAGGCCUUUAUAAAUUCAAACAUAUUUCAUAGAAAACAUGCAUAAAAUAUUAAGUGUUCUACUCAUUUGGUAUAAGGUUACGUCUUCAAAUUUUAUACUCGAAGAAAGAGUUUAAUUCGGUUUAAAAAAGAACUUCUCUAGUUUCCGAUUAAUUUCAAACCCGGCCUGCCGUUACGCUUGCAUUCAGGGUUUCAAAACUACAAGCUGUAUAUUUUGCGUGUACGGAAAAUCAUACAUUUCAAUACGCUGCUGAGAGGAGACCAUAUGAGGUUCAUAAAAUCUAGCAGUGAAUUUGGGGCAUAUAGUAAACUCUACAAACAAAAUUAGUAAAUGCAAAGAUAUGAUGCUUUAUGAACUGGCAUUUCAUAGUCUUAAAAAUUGCAUAAUUAGAAACUUUUUAGAAACCAAAUUAACCCCCUCCUUCAAGUAGACGUGAUUUUCUACCAAAUGAGUAAAAGAAUGAGUAUUUUUAUGCAUAUUUUAUAAAGGUGUUGAAAGUCAAUAAGAAGACUUCAUGCUAUUUAAGCAGUCAUUUUUACACGGUGUAGUUUUUGUAGGCGACCGGAAAGAAGUUAGUUAAAAGGCCUGUAUGCCAAAUUAACUGAUGUAUCUUAGGAUUAUGCUGCAUGGUAUCUAAUAUUACAACCCUACUUAAGUAAUCUUUUCGAGCCGGAAACGCAUUUCAGAAUUUCGGUCAACGUCUAAUGACUUGACACAGCUCCUAUAUGUUGGUAGGAAUUGUGCUGCCUUAUUACACUCCGUGUUCUUGCGUGACUUCGUGAUUCUUUCGUUUUGGCAUGUAAAGACUGCCAACUGAUUGGCCUUAAAUUACUUAACCCUUAAAUGAAGAAGGUCUUACCGUACUCUCAUCAUGGGUUACUAGUCAAAAGCCCACUCUGUUCAUGGAAAUUUCGGCACUGAUUCUAAAGAGGCAUGUCCUGGGCACUUACCGCCAAGCCCUACCCUUAAUAAUUACCGAAAUUGUCAGCUUACUUCUUAAUUUCUUCCUCUACAGAUGGAUAUCAGCGAGGAAAUAAAUUCCGAAUUGGACGCCAUUAUCACCGAAAAGGUGCCCCUGGAAGCGGUGGCUCGGUAAGUUGACAUGCCUCCUUCCAUCUACAAUGCUUCAUCACACUUAAAGGUUUGGCCGACUCCUCAAGACCUUCGAGGGCCGGCCUGAAGAGUUCAUACUGCAUGCCAUUUCAAAGAUUUCCAAUGCCAGUAAGUUUUCUUUAGUUGUGCCGCCCUCCAUUACUUAGGACAUUUUAGUCUCUCAGGACGCGGUCACGGUCAUCUCUGCCCGCCAGAUUUGUGGCGAACUUAUCACCUAUAUAGACAAAUCCCCAUCCGAUCAAAUGGCAAUUUCCGCGUUUCAGAUCCUCCUUUCUCGAAUGCAGUCACGAGUGAUUGCCUUUGAAGCACAGGCAAGCUUUUGACCAGCACUCUUUGAGCCUGCUUCUUUUUUAGCUCACCGAGCUUCGUGAUUUGCUGGCCAGACGGCUCUCAAACAGCGGAGAUCUUCGCGAGGCUGCCGUAGUCUUGUCUGGCAUACCGCUGGAGAGUGGCCAACGGUAUCCUCUGUCAUUUUACUUUUUAUGGGCUGCUGUUCUUUCUUUUUUUUCAAAAAUAGAUCCUACUCAGUACUCUACAAACUCGACGUCUACCUCCGUAUUGUGGAAUGCUACUUGACUCUGGGCUGUCCCACCCAAGCCGAGCUCUACAUCAACCGCGCCUCACUUUUACAGUCAGAAUGUCAGGAUCAGCACAUGAUAAUGCGUUUCAAGGUUCGUUAAGUCCCUGUUGUAGAUCUUUUGUGUACGUUUCAUGAAUUAUUCGAUGCAUUAAGGCUGCAGGCAACCUCGUAUUUUGAAGGAUUUCUAGCAAAGCCGAGUGAGACGAGAGGGGUGCUCAUUAGGUCAUUGAGCCAGCCGUGGGUUCGCAUCCUGUCCGCUGCGAUCUGAUUAAUUCACAAUCGCAUGACAGCGGCACUCAGCCAUCGAUGCCAACUCUCGGACGGAGUGCUGGCAUUGUGUCCGGUCUUGGAGCCGCGGUCUACAACCUUUGGGGGUGGGGGGGCAACAUGUAAACCAGUCUCUGCCGGAUUAUUGAUCGCUUUCCGGACGCGGGGACUCUGGAGGGGAAGCCUGAGGCAAAACGCAACUCCCUGUUCAUUCCUCUCAUCAGGGUGGCUAAGUGAACGCCGCUCCAAUACAAUAUCGUACUUGGUGCCCAGACACUAUUGACUUAUCAAUCCUGCAAUGGGCAGUUGUAGGGUCAGGGCAGACUGGGUUCUGAAAUUAUUCAACAUUAACUACCAACCGGAUUUUCAAGCACAUCCCCCGGUUGAACUGACUUAUAACUACUCGGUAGGGGGUCGGUUACGCUGUCCUGGUCUUGAGUAUAAGCGCAAUGUGGGCAUUGCAAGUAAAGUAAGCCGAAGGAAGAUGCUAAAAUCGUUGGUGGGAAAGCAGCCAAAGCUAAAACAGUAAAGGACAACCUGAUGUUUCGGUUUGGACAUAGGAUUAGUUUUAGGAUUUGGGUUAAUGACAGGCUGAGAAUAGAGUUUAGGGUUAGGGUUUGUGUUAAGUUCAAGGGGACCGGUUAGAGUUGGGGUUUAGAUUGCGGUUUGGGUUUACGUUCAAUGUUGAGGCUGGGGUUUGGGUUAUGGUUAAGAUAUGGGCUAGGGUUAGAAUUUUGGUCAGGAUUAAGGUUAGGGUUAGGACGUUAAGGCUUAGGUUUACUUUUGAGGUUACAGUUAGGUUUGGGGUAUUGCUGCUCUGCGUGUCCUGUCAAUUCAGGUCUUCUUCAGGGAUUCUAGACUUCCUUCAAUCUCGCGGCAGAUUUGUCAUACAUCAGGUUGUCUUUUCCGUUUCAACCUCGGUUACUUUCCCCACGAACGACUUCAGCCCCCCCCCCAUUCGGCUUACUUUACUUCCAGUGCCCACAUUGCGUUUACACAUGCGACGAGGACAGCGUAGUCGACCCCUGUCUGCCUGCUCCUCUUCCCCGCCAAAAUGUCCGCUUCAUUUGUCCUCCGCCGUAUCGUUGAGAAUCCCUAAAAGUUAAGCAUAUCGUCCUCCUGUAUAUUGGUGAUAUAAAUGAGAUGCUGCCGACAGACAAGGGAGACCGGAGUGUCCAUUUCUCGCUUAUUAGCCGUCAUCAGCCAGUCAUACUCAACCCCAAGCGUGGAUCACUUGAGAUUCGAACCCGGGAUCUUUGGUCAUGGAGUUCGACACCCUACCAUUGAGCCACGGGCCCGUUGUUCUGUCGGUUGUGGUCGGGACGCUCACCGAUCAGGUUGCGGAACGUGCUCGCCCCGUUGUGCCUUGGGGCAUAUACUAGAACCCUCGCAGGCUCUCAUAAUUGAUAUUCCCGAUCACAACCGACACGACAACGGGUCCGUGGCUCAAUUGUAGAGUGUCAAACUCCAUGACCAAAGAUCCCGGGUUCGAAUCUCAAGUGAUCCACACUUGGGGUUGGGUAUGACUGGCUGAUGACGGCUAAUAAGCCAGAAAUGGCCAUUCCGGUUCCCCUUGUGGAUACCAUAUCAUUUACGUUUAGUGCUAGUCGCUGUGCGACUGUCCGUGGGGGUUCUAGUAUGAACCCCAAGGCACAACGGAACAAGCACGUUCCGUAACUGGAUCGGUGAGCAUCCAUCUGUCAUGUUGGUGAUACCUACCCCUCAAUCUUCCCUCGUGUCUUUUUACUGAACCACGCUUAGGCACGAGUAUAAAAAUUGCGCACUCGGCACAACUCUCAAUCUCGCUUUCUGCCACUUAGUCGGCUAUCGGGUGUUAUGAUGAUCCAUGCAUCCUUCCUCCUACCUCGUGCUGUUAAAUAAGUAGUGUACGUAUGUUCGGACCUAUGGAAAGCCCAGUCUCACUCUCCAUUCCAUACCUCACGCACUAUCAACUCCGUGGCCUGGUAAUGAGAACGAGCGUAAUGUCUGGAAUGGCGUGAAGGGCUCCGCCUCCAUGUGCCAUCGUCAUGUGUGGAAGUUGAUAAGGGCUCGCAUCAAGUCAACGCAGCUCGAUACCGCAUGACAUGAGCCAAAGUUGGCCCAGCACAGGAAAUGCCAUUCUGGAGGGGAGGGGUGUAGCGUAGUUACGAAUCUACCCAACCCGAAUCUACACUUCCAGUCGCAGACACCGUCAUCUAAGCCCAUCUGAGUAGUUUUUGAGUUCAUGCAGUUGAGAGAGGACGAUUGGGUCAAACCGACAAACCGUCAGUGCCUCAUAACCUACUUCGCCUCUCCGUAGGCAAUGGCUUGGGUGCUUGUAAAUUCGAAACUCGUGUUCAAGGUAGGGACAGGAGGUUUGGAGAGUUGGUCCAUUUCCCCUACAUGGUCAAUAAACACACCAGAUGGAUGUAUUAUAAACUGGCCCAAUUCUGGAAGAGCAACUGACUUCCUGGACUCAUCGAAAAGGGCUAUUAAGAAGUUAGACUGGCUUUUAACUAACCCCCCUCUCUGAAAUAGUCCUCCAAACCAUCUGUAGUGGAGGGGUGGCUUUAGGUCCCGCCAUUUCCCCUCAAAUGGGCUACUUGGAAUGCUCACAAAUUAUGUAUCAUAUCCCGGCCCCUUGGUGAUAACUACCACCUAGUAUUCCCCAGUCUCUUCCCACUGAAUCAUUUUUGAGUUGGGGUACUGUUGGGAGUGCGUACACUCCCAAAAACAAGAGCCAACCAGUCAUUGGAGACCACGUGCGUUUUCUCAAGCGCUCUGUCAUCAUGAUCGUGGCGCCUCGUCAUUGGCUGCUCCCUUCGAGCCCGAUCGAUCCGUGUCUUCGAAUCAUCGAUCAGCUCGUUUAGAAUUUUCUUUUCGAAGUGCAUCGGGCCGAAUGCAGGCGAACCACAGUAGGAUGUUAUAAGUACGCAUUACUUUCCAGUUAGAUUGGACUUGCAGUUUUCUAAUACACUUUUUCGUGGCCGGUCGUGCUCUCCUUCUCUACCGCGUUGGUAUUAGGGAUAAGAGUCGAGUGCGCAUACGCUCCAUUUGAAUUCAAAGUACCAGACGGGGUCAUAACAAAAAGGUAAUCAAUAAGUUGAAUUGGACGUUUAGUCCCGCAUUCUACCACUACUCCACCCUUGACUGAGCACUUUGUUGAAUCAAUCAUGCUCCCUCCCGUCCCCAACUGAGUUGUUAAAAAAGGCAAUAUCUGCAUCCCCGUCCGUACGAGAAGAUCGGUCUUGUUGUCUCUCGUCGCCCCAUUUGGGGGACGAUGAGGUUGGCCACAAUGCUUGGAGUGGCGCGAGAUGGACGGGAGUGGGUAAUUGCUCACGCCAGCUCAACGCAGCUCGAUAACCGCGUGACAUGAGCCAAAGUUGGACUGCGGUGUUCUGAGUUUUCAGGGUUCAUUCUCACCAGAGAACGUUCAGUUAAUGUCGCAGAUAUUUUGGUUUGCUGGUAGAUUCAGUCCAGAAAAUGAUGUUUUCUUUUGCCGCCAAUUGUCGCCUGUACAGGCUUCUGUCGUCAGCUUUACCACAUUGUCCUACGGCAAGUGUUUCUCACGUUUAAAGGAACAUCCUUAUUGCCGAAUUCGGCAGACAACUUGGCGGACUUGCAUGAUGCUGGGUGAUGACUACUCCUCACACUACCUGCUGAUUAAUUAUUAAUCCCAGAGCCAAGCAUAGAUGUGUGUUUCCAUCGAUUUGUCUUCAGAAGGACCUAUGUCCCAGGGAUGUGACAACAACGUUUGAAUAGAUCGAGUCGCCCAAGGGGCGCAAUUAGUGGCAUCUGGACGCUUUAGAUCCGGUAUUAGUCAACAAACUUUGUAUUACGACGAGUACUUUUUCCCAAAAUUUACCAUCAUUCCUGCAGAAAAUUUGGUGGAGUGCUCAAUACUUCUAUGCUUAGGACAAAUAAAAGAUAGACUACCUGUUUUUCCAAGCGUUUCCAGCUGAGUUCACUGUAUUCUUACGAACACCCAUAAGUGGCCUUUAAUGCACGUGGGGAGCCCUGGAAUCUGCAGUUGUCUGCUUUGUCUUUCUAGUCCGCUUACGCACGCCUUCUGGACUUCAAACAGAAGUUCCUCGAGGCCGGCCAACGCUACGCCGAACUCUCGAUUCGUUUCCCCUGGCUCAAGGAGUCUGAGAAGAUGGCAUUUCUCGAAAGAGCUCUGCUCUCCGCCCUGUUGGCCGGUGUAGGUCAACAGAGGGCUCGUCUACUGACCACGCUCUACAAAGAUGAACGCUGUCAGUCCCUACAGGCCUAUCCAAUCCUCGAGAAGAUGUGAGUACUCGACUUUGCGGCGAGGCUGGUUUUUCCGUUCAUUUGUAGCUGGAUGUUCUGAGUUGCGCGAAAACAGUGCUCCGGUGGAACGUGCCUAAUUGUUAGUUGUUUUAUGACCUUAUGGCAACCUAGAGGCGAAUGAUAAGCUGUGUACUUGUAGCUUUUUAAUUUCCUUAGGAAUCAACUGUGAACUUGGAGUAGAUCAGCAUAUUUAAGGUCUAUAAGCUUAGACGUAAGUUUUUAUGUAUGAAUAUUUGGGCCGAAGUCCAUCAGCCACAGCGGAUAACCGCGUAAUAUCCAUUAAAUGCCGACAGGCAGCUAGUAGUAUCCUUUAGGGUGAGGUGAUUCCAUACAAGCAGCACAAGUACUAGCCAAAAGCCCAUACACGCGUGUUUCGCCUAUAUUCUGCCGCUACCAUGACACAGCUGCGAGGGGUUCGGCUCGUCAGUGGGUCCCUAAAGGAUACUACUAGCUGCCGAUCGGCAGUUAAUGGAUAUUACGCGGUUAUCCGCUGUGGCUGAUAGACUUCGGCCCAAAUGUUCAUGCAUAAAAACUUAGGUCUGAGCCUAUAGACCUUCAAGUUCGCAGUUAAUUUAUAAGAAAACUAUAAAGCUACAAUUUCUAAAUUGGAGUAUCUACCAGAAAGCAGACAGGGAAUGCAGGGGGACCCACUGACGAGCCGAACUCCUCGCAGUUGUGUCAUACAGCAGCAGAAUAUCGGCGAAACACGCGUGUAAGGGCUUUUGACUAAUACCUCUGAUGCUAUUAUGGAAUCACCUUACCCUAGAGCUGUGUACUGUUUCAUUCAGUUUACCUAGAUAGUAAGCCUUGUCGGUUUGGACUGGACUGUACCCACUUUCUUGUAUUAACAUUUUCUGUCCAGUGCUUUUAGUGUAGGUGGACGAGAAGGCAGCGCUUUUUGUUAUUUGUUCAUCUUGUUGACACAAAUGCUGUUGUAGCCGGCUCCAGAGUUCAUGAUAUAAAUUGUGUGUUCUCUGCUUGUACAAAAUGCCAAAAUUUCACAUGAAUAAUACUUUGACUCGACUAAUCAAUAGUCCUGUUAAGCGGCGUCUAAUAUACUUGACUGCGGAGGAAUCUUAUGCGUUCAGUGUGCCAUGACUUUAGUUCAGUGCGUCUUGAUAGCCCGGCUUUUACUGGUCUAGGUAUUAAAACAUCCUUUCGCCUCACCACAAAUCUAAAUGACUAUAAACAGGGUACUGAUUUCGUUUCAGUAGCAAUAUAUUUGACAACUUGGUGGAAUGCGCCACCUCAUAACCAAUUAUCGACGUCUGUGGCUGAGAGUUCUGAGGUCAGUCAACUCCAACGGCCGUAGUCCUCAUUUGAAUUGUAUUCCCCCACAGGUACAUGCGUCGACUCAUCAGUCGUAACUGUCUACAGAGCCUUGAGCCGCUCUUCAUCAAGUACUACCCACAGCUCUUCUUCGGUGGCAAAAACGAUGAAAACACCCCUAUGGACGCUGGAGGGCAAGAUGCGGCCGAAGCAGCGGCGCCCGGUGCCGGCGGUGAAGCACCCACUACAUCCGCGUCCGCCAGACCCAUUCAGAACAUCCUGGAACGCGUUACUGUGGAGCACAAUAUGCUAGCAGCCAGCCUUAUCUAUAACAACAUCAGUCUCAGCAACCUGGGUGAAUUACUGGAAGUGGAUGCCAGCCGGGUAUGCUUGGUCUGCAUAAACAGACCACAAAUUCCAUGUUCCCGCUCUGUUUAUCUUCAGGGACAGCUAAGAAGUCCUGUGUCCGCUCGUGGCAAUUCUGCUUAUUUAUGACCUAUCUCUUAGUGUAAAUUGUAGUGUUCCCCUGAUUACCAGGACGCCAGGGUUCGGUCCCUAUCUUGUUCACUUUUAUUUGCUGACGCCUGUCCGUUGGUGCCGGAGCCAUUUAUUGUUGUUACUAACACCCGUCUGACUGUUGGUAGCACCAUACUUAAUACUAUCCAUUUUACUCAGUCAGUAUGCGACCAUUGCUGUUUUAGUAGCCAAGGGGGUGGGCCUUCACUUUACUUGAGAGGCCACACUUUUAUUCGUCGUCUAGUCGGCUAGUCGACAAGUGCCACGUCAUUGAUCUAUAUAAGCUCCUUUUUUAUUCAUCCCUUUCCUCAUCUCGUUAUACCUCCUUGAUGAUCUUACACGCAGAUUUUUAUUUGAAACAGUCUCGCUACUGUUAUAUUUAAGGUAGAGUUUAUUUGUACAUUUUUGUUGGUUUAUCAGGCACUUUUCCCUAAGUCAUGUUUGCCAUUAAUCCUUUCUACUCCUCCCUGUAGGCUGAAACAGUUGCCGCCCACAUGAUUGGUGAAGGUCGGCUCGUUGCCCAAAUCGAUCAGAUAGACGGUUUCAUUCACUUCGAAAGUGAGUUUCUUUUUAUCCGGCUCAUUAACUCGGCAAAAAUCCCCCUCCCCCCUAAAUACGUACGCGCAAGAGCAUGGGCAUCAGGACCUUAGUUACGAUGCCGUCUUGGGUAUUCCAAAUUUGUCUUACCAAACAUCGUUCUGUCUUUUGACUGGAGCAGUUUGCCUCACCACAUGAAACCACCCUCCCCACCUCAUUAAAUAUGAUUUCCGUAAUUGUAUAUUGUUCGUCACCACAGCAUAUUUCGUAACUUUGCCUGCGUUUUUAGAGCAAAAUGCUACGGUGACCUCCCUGAGCUCGCAGAUCGAGAGUUUGUGCGCCUCAGUGAACCGGAUCGUUGAGGGCAUCGAGGCCGAUCAUCCCAGUUGGGUGGCUACUCAGCAUAUCUGA